GCAACGUACGUACGUUAUUGAGCAUUUUUUUUCUAGAUAUUUCAAGUAUCGAAUUCAAAAUUAAUAUUCUAACUAUGGAUAAAACCGUUAUUCCAACGUCCAUGGAAAAAUUAUAUAAAAAUCUCAUAUUUUGUGGCGAAAUCGAUUUUUACUGUAUAGGAUGUAGAGAAUUAUUUCAUAGCAUACCAGAAGUGGAAAAACAUAUACGCUGGGAUCAACACAGAACGUUUUUAAAAAAUCAAAGUUAUUUAUCAAGCUACAAGAAAGAUUGCAUUCUUAAGAUACAUGAACACUUUUAUUGCGAAAUAUGCAACUAUAUUUUCACUGAUAAAAACCAUAUUAUUAUACAUAUCGAAAGUGAAAGCCAUAUAGCUACAAAAAUGAAGAGGAAUACUGGGCCCCCGACUGAACCUCCAAAGUUUAUAGGAAUUUAUGAUUCUGAAUAUGUAGUCAUAAAGAAAGUCAUACUGGAUAUGCCCCAGUGGAACACCAUAACUAACCAGAAGUGCCAUUUGUGUGAUGAAGAAGUUCCAGAUACUUUAAUUCGUAAACACAUGACAUUUGGACGACAUAUAAUCAACUUAAUUCAGUCCAAAACCGUAUAUGAAGAAGAGCGGUACUACCGACUGGUUUGCAGAAAUCAGCGUUUCUGCUUCACAUGUAAAAAGACUUUCUCAGCUGAAGAUUUUGACGAUCACUGGAGCACCUGUCAAAACAUUGAAGUUCUUGAGAUCCAGAGACUGAAGGAAACUAGAACUGCCGCCAUGGAGGACAUAGCUAAGAUGCAGGAAAUUCAAAAAAAGCUAAUUAGUACUGUGCAAGAGUUCUACUGGGUAGAUGAGAAAAACAAUAUUGCAACAUGCAAAUACUGUAAGACAGUUGUAAAUAUACUGUUCAAGCCAAUGAUAGAUCACAUGAAAAAUAAACAUGAUAAUCAUCAAUCAUCUGACGAAUCUUCUUCUGAUGAAGAAGUUCAAUUUAGUGAAGUUAUAGACUUUGGCAAACGAAGAAAAGAAUUGGCUGAAUUUGGUAGACAACACCAUGUCAGACUCAAUCACAAUGCCAGUAAAGGGUGGUGCUCAGUUUGUGAUUGCUACAUGUCUGCCCAUAAAAGGGUUUUUAAAAUUCAUAUUCGAGGAUACAUUCAUAAGGGUUUCUUAGAAAUCCAAGGUUUAACUCCUCCAGUGCAUGAACCUGAGCCAAGAGAUUUUAAAACAAUUUCUGUUUAUGACUAUAGCUUGGAAUAUAUACCUUCAGAGAAAGCAUUUCAUAUUGAUAAUAAAUAUGUUGUGGAUGUAUUCAGCUUUUUCCUAUUGUUUAAAAUCGAGGGUAAUCCACAUGUUAAGAAAACGAAAUGUUUUGCAUGUAAUGAAUUAAUUGCGCAAGGGCAAGAGCGCAAACAUUGUGAGACUGAUGAACAUAAGGAGAAGUUUCUAGAAGCCAAACUUAUAGAACCCGGGAAGAAUAAAGAUACUCCUAAUUUUGGGGAAUAUAUCAGAGAAAUAAAGCCAAACUUGUAUCAUUGUGGAUUAUGCAAUCGUACUUUUCCGUUCAGAGCAUCAUUGGAGUUUCACAAGGCAUCAAAUGGACAUCAAUCGAUAAAGACCAACCGAAUUGUAAAUCCCGAAGCACCAGCUAUAGUAUUUAACACAAGACAUGAUGAUGUUUACAUAAAACUGUUAACAAUUUGUUUGAAGGACCAAGCUAAGUAAUAUGAAGUACCUUUAUACUUCUCCUAUUACGUGGGAUUAAAUUUAAAAUAACUGAUAUCUAUUAACCUACCUCAUUCUGACAUAGGUAUUAUGUUAAGUAUAAUUUUUAUGUGCUGACUGUACUCGUGUAAAAUUAGUUUUGUAAGUUUUUUUUUAUUUUAUUUAACGGUAUGUUUUGUUGUCAUCAUAUCGGUAUGUUUGCUUAACCCAACAGCUAAAUAUUCUAAGACCUAAUUAGAAUUUACUUAACUUUUCUAUGGAAAAGUUAGUCUAUAUUAUAUUUGCAAACAAUGAGCCUAUUUAAUGGCUACCUCUUUAAACAAACUCAUUAUAAAAUACGAUAUUAUUAUCACAUUAACCCUAUUCUUGGUAAACAAUUUGAUACUAACUCAUUACUAAAAAUAACUAUUACUUGAAUUGACAAGCAAAAUGUCCUGCCAAGAUUAGGAUAAAUGGGUUAUCUACUAAUUUUUGUUGAGAUUAUUCUUAAGAUGUUUCGAUAACUAGUGCCAUAAUAGGCUACAUUCCACUCCUUAUUACAUGAAAAUUAUAACUGGUUUAUAUGAUAUGUGUCCAUCACUUCGGGGUUUACAAGGCCAGGCUACACCUAAUCUUAGUACAAAUUACUGUCAAAAUUAUAUGAAUUGAUGUUCUUAGUUAACAUUUAGUUUUUUGAUUAUUGCAGUCUACGAAGAGUUUAUUUGGCUUUUUCGUAUUGUACAUCUUGUAUACAGCUUAUGGACAUUAAGUGUUGGUUUGAUAGCGGCACUUGUUAACAAGCUAAUCAAUUAAAUGCCAUAAGCUUUAGCUCUCUAAAAAAAGAAAAAAAUAGUUUUUUAAGUUUCGACUGCUUCUCAUGAUUGUUGAGUAAGAAGUAUUGGGUUCAAUUCCUAGGUUGAUCGAAGCAGAGGCUUACCCUUUUGGAGUAAAAUGGGUAAUGAUAUUUUUAUGUGUACCUAAUAGUAAUUUUAAAGACUGACAACUUUGAAAUGUAUUUUAUAAUAUUAUUAAUCAAAAUAAUGAUGUUUAUUUACAAAAUUAAGUGAAUAAAAUGUAAUACUUAGGUAUUAUUAUAGAAGGCUGAUUUUAUAAGGCUGAUUUACUUUCUUCUUAAAUAAUAUGUAAUUGUAUGUGAAACUAUGUAACAUUACAGUGCUA